AUGCGCGCAUCCGCGGAGAGAGAAAGUCUGUCCGUGACUGAUGAUGGUACGAAGGGCCAUGCGCGCAAGCUACAGCAACGCGCUGCCAAUCGUCGUCUUAUUGGCUCAAACCUUCUAUGCACUUCCAUGCAAGCGCUAAGUCUCCCACGACUAUUAAGUGCAAAGCACGAGGCUCACGAGAUCCAAAUGGAUCUGAUUGAUGCACAGUCAUAUCACAGUCGAACAGUAAACUAUUGCGGUCGGCAGUUUGCUAUGGAGGACAGCGUUGGGCAGUUGCGCAGAGGCAUUCGAAAUUCUCAGUUACAAAUUCGACAGAAAACAGAAGAGCUUGAAGAACUAGAACGACGAGUGUCGAGAUUAUCUAGGAUGCUGUGCGAGUCAUCAAAUGAAAAGAAGUUUUCUAAUACACAGCUCGAGAUUUGUGAUAACAUCAGGAUGCAACAACUGGAUGUGAAACCGUGUCGGCGUUGUGGGCGCCACUAUCUUUCAAGUAUUCUGAAAGAGCACGAGAGAAAUUGCGUCGAGAUAUCGCUGUUCGAGGCACAGACAAUGACUGGAGCAAGCCUUACUGCAGGCAGCGUAGAGUUACAAAAUGGAAAGUCUCGUGUAUUUCCAAUGAUUGAGGCAGCUUCUCCCCAACUACCCACCCUUACGAAAUUUGUACCUCAAGCACCGCGUAAUGUCCGCAUUAGUCGAACGGAAAUCAUGCACAAUGCAGUGACAAUCAGAUGGGACUUACCAAUAUUCACCGGUUUACAUACAAUUUUUGAUUACGAAUUGAGCUACUCAAUUGUUCACACCAAGACGAUUCAGAAUGUGGCACAAAAAUGUAUAGACCCCCAGCCGCCUUUGCGACUAUCGCAAUGGUGUUUAACAAGUCCUCUUCCUAUAAAACGUUUUUUUCUGACGUGUUUGUCUGCGAAUCAGGAGUACGGCGAGUUUGCUCUCCGUUCAAUCACUGUCGCUGGCAUGAGCGAGUCAAGCAAUAAAGUAGAUAUCAUUCGAACCAUGCCAGCUGUUUCUCCAACAAUUCCAUUAUUCUUUUGCGUCGAAAGGGUUACGACAACAAGUAUUACCCUCAAUUGGAUGGAGCCUUUUGAUGACGGCGGAGAACCGAUUCAGAAUUACGAAGUUGUCUACCUUGAAGCUGUUCUGAAAAAAAAAGAGGGUGAAUGCUCAAAUAUUGGCCAUGCGUCAAAAACUGAUUACAUUAUACGUAGUAUAAGGACGAACUCGACACGACCAACUCUAACAUUGACAAAUUUAUUGAGUGGAGUCAAUCAUCUUAAUUUUCAGGUUCGAGCAAUCAAUACCAGUGGUCUACAAAGCAACCUCUGUGAUCCCAUUAAAUCCAUCUUCACAAAAGCUUUGGACAGUGAUGUUGAUCUUUUUGACGAGCUGAAGGCUGCAAUUUUUACUCAUUCGCACACCAUAGACUCGCAUAUUUUAAGCGGCUUCACGCAGCGAUACGAAAAAUUUUACUAUGUCAAGCAGUUGUCUAAAUUAAUCCUCUCCAUGCACCCAGAAAUGAAGUCAGAGGUUCACGGAAUAUUAAGCCAAUUUCCCUCUCACAUGUGCACUACAGACAUGAACGAAUCGGCUUCAAAAUUCCAACCCACUAUGCAAGCUAGUGGUGAAAAAUAUUCCGGUGAUCGUUCCGAUUGCCAAAAUGUGUCUGAACGUCGACGGCAAUUUGACUUUCGAAUAUCAGCGCUUAGGAGUGAUAUAAAUAAAGCUGAGUACAAUAUUCAAUGGUGCAAGGAUCGACAAAUUGAGUUAGUAGGACUCAUUCGGGCUGCAGAAACGAGUAUUUACGAUAAGCAAGUUGAGCUGGAACGUGCACGAAUGUUUAAGGGGCCGCAAAUGGACUCAGAUGUAUUCGAAACCGGACUUCAACGGUUUUUCACGAAAGAUCUGAUCGCAGCUUUGGAGGACGAAAUUGAGAUCGACCAAUUAUACAUUUUGGAUACAAAAACUGAGAUAGUACAAGUGGGAAAUUAUUUACGUUCUGACAUCUACCGUCGCGAAACACUGCUUCGAAAGUUGGUUGACAGACAAGAAGCUCUUCAAAAAUUCGAGAUUUGCCCCGAAACUACGAUGAAGGCAGACAAAACAACAGCGAUAAUGGCGAAAAUCCGAAGUAGCACGCUUUCUCGAGCAUUUGCAUCUAUUGUUGCUAACCGGUUCGAGGCGAUUGAUAAGAGGAAAAAGGUUUGCGUUGCUUUUCACGAUCUCAUCAGGUAUCGACUUCAUUGUGCUGUCCAGCGAUGGAAAGAAGUCACGAAAUUACUGGCUUGCACAAAUGCUGAUGCCGACCAUGUCUACGGGAUUGGGGGGAUUGGUCUACGAAAUGCAGCACUGGGCCGCAAUGAUAUUGUGUUUAACGCUCACAAAUUGCUUUUUCAACUCCGGUUUGCCGAAGGCUCUCUACAGGAUUUACGGUGGACGACUGAGCAAAAAAUAGCAUCAGGAACUGAGAAGUUUUCUUUACCUGAUCAAGACCAGUCGCAAGAUAUGAAGCAGGAGUAUCAUGGCAUUUUGACGGAGGGUGAUGCAAGCAUGAUUAUACAAAAUUAUGAAAGAGCUUUCUUUCUAUACAGGUCUACACUAAAUAAUGAUUGUUGGAUGCAGAAAAUGAGUAGAGCGCAGCAAAUUGAAGUUCAAAUUAAACUUGGAGAAGCCGCGUUUUGCCUCAACAAGCACGACCGAGCACUGACAAUAUUCAAUUGUGCAGCGAUCAUGGCAAAUAGGGAAGGGCUUUUGUACAAAGAAGGAUUAACACUGCUCCGUGUAGCCGACACACAGUAUGUGCUACAUUUGCUUGAUAUGAGCAUUGAGAGCUAUGAGCGUGCUUUGCCGUUGUUUAAGACUUUGGGGGACCCCCAAGGACAGUUAUCAUGUUAUCGUGGUUUGCAACAUAUAUACGAACAGCUGGGAAAUUCGGAACUGAUUAAUCUCAACAAAUGCCAUGCAGACGAAAUUGAAUCUGUGCUUUCGAAUAAACUUUCAUCUGCCGGUCAAAAGAUCGAAGAGUUAACUCAAAGAUUAAUUGGGCCAGGUGCUGAAGGCUCUUGCCUGGUUACUCUUGAGCGAGUUUCUGCCACGGUACCCCAAUUAAGAAGACAACGAACUCAGCGCAAGUUGGAUGUCUUCAAAGAAAAGACAUUUGUGUCAAAUCUAGUAGAGUUAUUGUCGAACAAAAAAUUACUGUUGGUAAAAGGCGAAGAAGAGCUUACGCAAGCACUGGAAAGUGACUCCUCUUGGGUUGACUCAACGAUUCUCAUUGGCUCGGUCGCUCGAUAUGAGCUCGACGACUUUAGAAAAAAGCUAGCGAAAUUAUCAGGCUGUAUUCAAGCUGGCCAAGAGCGAAUAGACAAAGAAGUAAAUAAUGCUAAAAUUCGCAUUCGUAACGCUGAAGAGGAAAUUGAAGAGCUGGAAGUGGAGUUAGCAGUGGAGACGGGUGCGCUCAUGCGCAAAUGUUUGCCGGAUGAGAAGAUACGGUGUUUUAGCUUCAAUGCAACAAAUGAAGGAUUGGGAAACGUUAUAGGCACUGCAAGCCACGGAAUAUCAACAUGUUUUGCUUGUGCUGGAGCUAGUGGUCUUUUAUAUGACAUACUCUCUGGCGCCUGUUUGGAGCAGGCUGUUGGUGAUUUGCACGAAAAGCAUCUUGGCGAUCCAAUUGGCCAUCAAGCUCCAAUUCUUUGCGUGUAUUACAUCGGUAGUCGAGUUUAUACUGGCUCAGCAGAUGCUUCACUGGGUGUGUGGGAGAUCAAAAAUGAGACAAUUGGUUAUUCGUGUUUGUUGACUCGAAGGCUUACAAACUUUGAUGCAGCGGUCACUAGUGUAGUUGCGGAUGCACAGUGGAUCGCGUGUGGACUUUCCGACUGUAGUGUCUUUGUGUUAGAUGUUGAGUCCUUUGCAAUAAUCACUCACAUAAUCGCUGCUCAUGACCGCACUGUGACUGCACUGUCCAUACAAAGCGCUACCUCAGCACUGACAACUGGAGGUGCUGAUAAAAAGAUUAAAGUUUGGCAGCUCGACAUAUGUUCAUCAUCCACCACACGUCGUAAAGUCAGACCGCUUGCAUGUCUCGAGGCCGAACGUCGCAGUGAUGGAAGCUUGAACGGACAUAUUGUCCCUAUCACCUGUGUGCGACGUAUAGCGAACGAGAUUGUAAGUGGUGACACGUCAGGCUUCAUUGCGAUCUGGAAUUUGGACGCAGACAACAAAUUACUUCGAAUGUGUGAGAUAUAUCAAAAUUUGGCAGUCACUUGCCUUCAAUUUGAUGCUACGCGCAUUGUUUGCGGGGCAGGCAAUGGCUAUAUUUGUGUCGUUGACUUUGCAACCGGAUGCAUACUACAAACUAUGCGAGGCCAUCAAGACAGCGUGCUUGAUCUCCAGUUUGAUAGAACUCGCUUGAUAAGCAUGUCGGCUGACGCCAAGCUGAGACUGUGGUACUGGCAAACGCGAGAUAGCAUAAAAGCUGGCCGAAGGAAAUACCAUAUUCUAGGAGCUGGUGAAACGUUGCGCUCGUUGUCUUUGCUAUAUCGCACAAGCGUUCAGAGGCUUCUUCAUUGGAACUCCAUUUCAGAUUCAACCAAGAUAUACUUGGGUCAGAAACUUAUUGUAGAAGUAGAAGCCAAUACGAGUACAUCAGAACUCAAUAGUCUGGACCGUUCAUGCUCGGUACAGUAUGGCAAAGUAGCCUACGAAAACAUUGACUACAUAUCAAUCACUCAGAAAAAACGCACAGAUGUCAAGUCACAAUGGGCUGCACAGCGUCUGUCAGAGUACUUCCCACCUUUAGACGACGGAGAUAGUCAUGAUCUAAACUUAGAGGCAGCUCAAGCUACAACCACUAAAGAAUGA